CCCCACCCCGACUCCCUGCUUACUUGUGAUUGGUCAGCCUGCCUGCAGUGGGCGGGCUCGGUUUCCUGAGUGUAGGAGGCAGGGCGCACAUGUUGCCGGUGGUGCCCUGUGUGUAUGCUGGCAGCCCGCCUGUCACUCGGCAAGAUGCAGGAUGGUGGCAGCCUCUGGUAACAUAGUACCGCAGCCCACGGGCUCCGCUCUGCUGCAGCCCAUCAGCCAGCUACUCCAUACUCCUCUGGAACAGGUCAACUUUGUGGCUUGCCAAUUGGUUGCCCUUUUGGUUGCAUUUUGGUUUCGCAUUUAUCUGAAUCCCAGUAAUGCACAUCCUGCUGUCCGUCAUGCAUUUGCCACCUUCGUUGGAGUCUACUUUGCUGUUUUUUGCUUUGGAUGGUACUCUUUGCACAUAUUCACACUGGUACUCCUGUGCUACUGCAUCAUGAUUACAGCAAGUGUUUCAAAUGUGCACAGGUACUCAUUCAUAAUGGCUAUGGGCUACCUCACCCUGUGCCAGAUAAACAGAGUGUAUAUAUUUAACUAUGGCAUUCUCUCCACUGACUUUUCAGGACCUCUGAUGAUUAUUACUCAGAAGAUCACUACAUUGGCCUUCCAGUUGCAUGAUGGUUUUGGAAGGAGUUUUAAAGUACUCUCCAAAGAUCAACAACAGUAUUCUAUAAAGAAGAAACCCUCAUUCUUGGAAUACUUGAGCUAUCACCUCAAUUUUAUGAGUGUUCUUGCUGGACCAUGCAGCAAUUUUCAGGAUUAUAUUGCAUUCAUCGAAGGGCGACAUAUCCAAUCAAAGCUCCUUAAUUCUAAAGGAAAUGGAUACACUAAACUUCCAAACCCAUCUCCAAAUGAAGUGGUUAUAUACAAGCUGUGCAUUGCUGCAGCAUCUCUUGCUGUUUUUAUGACAUUUACCAAGGCCUUCCCCAUUUUGUAUGUAGUUGAUGAAACAUUUAUGAACACGGUCCCAUUCUUGAAAAGGUUGGGUUAUUUCUACAUUGCAACACAGGCCUGCAAGCCAAAGUAUUACUUUGCAUGGACGCUAGCUGAUGCAGUUAACAAUGCUGCUGGUUAUGGUUUUAAUGGAGUGGAUGAGAAGGGAAAGUUUCGUUGGGAUCUGAUUUCCAAUUUGAAUAUCUGGAACAUUGAGACUGCUACCAGUUUCAAAAUGUACAUAGACAACUGGAAUAUUCAGACUGCAGCUUGGUUAAAGCGGGUUUGUUAUGAUAGGGCUCCAAAGUACCGGACAGGACUAACAUUUAUUUUGUCUGGGGUGUGGCACGGUGUUUAUCCAGGAUAUUAUUUCACUUUUGUUACAGCCAUUCCUGUUAUGCUUGCUGCAAGAGCGAUGAGAAAUAAUUUUCGGCAUUACUUCACAACUUCGGCAUCAUGGAAAUUUCUGUAUGACAUAGUUACCUGGACUGCAACACAGUUGGCUAUCUGCUACACGGUUGCCCCAUUUGUUUUGCUGGCUGCUGGACCAUCUGUUCAACUGUACAAGUCAUUGUAUUUCUACCUGCACAUUGUAUGCUUCCUUGUUCUCAUUAUUUUGCCAACAAAGCCCAGUGGAAGAGCAUUCUCCAAAGGCCAUGGUGCCAGUGAAAUAAACCAUUCAGAGGAGAAGCAAUAUUCAGCAAAGCAUGCAAAUAAUCACAUGAGCUGAAUUAGUCCAAAGCUGGAAUGAAGACUGGCCAAAUAUAUGUUGCUAACUGUUUGAUAUGAUUCCAUCUCACAGGGACUCGUGAAGUUAUGUGGAUACUGAGUUUAUAUGAAGGUGGUUACUUUUAUUUCGUUGUUUAUUAUUAGUGGUAUUUUAUAUGAAUGAACACCAAUCCUGUAGGGCAGGUCAAAUGAAGGAUUCUCAGGAAAUACUUUCAUGUAAAGGCCAUGUAAAGGAGCCAUUUGACGUGUGCAUUUCAUCCAUACAUGGACCUAUUAUUAGUUAAAGCACACGCAUUCCAAUUGCCUCAAACAGCACAGUUUUUUCUCCUAUUCAUAAAUAUUAUCAUCAAAAGGGGUUCUUCGGGAUUUUACAACUUUAAGAUAUAAAUAGGGGUGUGCUGCUGAAAUGUUUAAUAUAAAAUGAAAGUAAAGUCAGCAACGCAUUUAUUUGGAGCCUUAAAUAGUAUAGAGCGGGCUGGGUCAUUCUGCUUUGCUGACUUUUGAAGAGACUGUAUAUGGUUUGUAUCGAAAAAUGGAGAACAAGGCUUUGUGCCAUCCAGUUGAAUAUAGCACUGACUGCAUUUGGAAGUUCUGUAUUCAUCUUGUCUAUGGCACAUAAGCAACCCCAUCCUACCUUCUAACUGUCUUGUGCCUGCCAGAGCUGUGUUGUCCACUUUUUGCAGAAUUUUGCUCUUGCACUUAUGUUUGGGGAAAUUAAAUUAACCCUAUUAUCUUAAGAGAAUUUUCUUGCUUAAUGAACUGAGGCUUCCAUUAUGGCAGAUCUCAUUCAUAUGGUAAUGCAAUUUUGCAAAAAGGAAUGUUUGCACAGGGUUGAACUGGCCCACCGGCAUAGUGGGAAAAAUUCCGGUGGGCCCUGCAAGCCAGCUGCUCCCAGCCACCGCCGCCCCCCGCUUUGCUGCCCUGCGUUUCACUAUGGAAUGCAUGGCCAUUUUUAAUUUGUAACCACUAGAGUAACCAGCAGAGCAGGAGCAGUGGUGACUGGGGGCAGCAGAGGCUGGGGGGUGGCCUCCGUAGUGGGCUACCCCAGUCCGAUUCUGUGUCUGGCUUUUAGACUAUGUAAAACAAAAAUGGAAGAUAAACCAUACUAAGAAAUUGGGUAUACACAUACAUUCCAUUGACAUCAAGUCAUUUCAGAAGAGUUGCAGGCAGCCACCUGAAGAAACAUGGAUGUAAAUGUUUGUGACUUUUAUCUAUAUUCACAGAAUCAAACAACAGUAAAUUAUAUCUAAUUGUCAAAUUUUCUAAAUAAAUACCUCUUCCUAUUUUAUUCUUUA